AUUUCGCUAUUUAGCUCAUAUAUUUCAUUUAUGUAUUGGUAUUUGUCCCCAGGUUGUUUUAAUAGAGUAUUAUUCAACAAAACACGAUCGAAAAAAGGAAAUAAAACUCUGUUGACAGACCAUAAAAUGAAUGUCAAGUGUUGUACAGUUUAUCCUUUUUAAUACAAAAUACAGGCCCAGUAAUUCAUUUUGUACCUACCAAGUGUGUGCUGGACCACAAAAUAUACAUUUACAUAUUUUUUUCGAAAUAGAAUAAAACCUUUUUACGUCAUUAUACGAUCACCAGUCACUGCGCUAGAAUUAAAAAAAGCCCAAAUCAAAUGGUGGCCAUUAGUGACGUGUCGGUCGUGAAAGAAUCGGCUGUAAGAGCCGGCUCUUUGAGAUGAGCGGCCGGAGCCCUUCGCGUCGUUCGGUGCCAAAUGGGAGCCGAUUAGUUUUUUCCUCUCCUUUUGUUCUUUUAAAGGCGAAUGUCAUUGGUCAAAAUGUAUGGCUGCGUCUCUGGGCGGGGUUAAACACGCUGUGGUGGUCUUAGAGCUAUACUUCGUGAGAAAUUUGCAUGAGAAUAUUGAACCUAUUUUGACCUAAUUUGUCUAUUGAGAUGGGUUGUAUUUUAUAAUGUAACUUAAUGUAUAUUUGGAGCUGUUCAUUGAGGUUUAAAUAAAUCUAUUUAAAUAAUAAUGAACAUUUGAUAUCAUGUAUUUUUACAUUAGUAAUUAAUUUUACACAUUACACAUAAUUUGGUAAUAAAUUAAUUUAAGACAACAUAAAAAAACGGGGAGCCACUUGGGAUCCGAAAGAGCCGGUUCUUUUAGUGAGCCGAGACAAAAGACCGAUCUCUCUAAAAAGAGCCGAGAUCACUGGUGGCCAUUUCAUUGUAUUAGGCAUGCGCGAAAUUCUCUCCCGGUCACCCCACCCCCUUUGAUGACGUUGAACUUCCGUGUUGCAGUUCGCGGAUGUUGUCACAAGUGCUUUUCUCACCGCCGAAACGGCCGUUCAAACUGGAUAAAUGGAGCCAUUGGCGCCCAUGCGUCUGUACACUCUGUCUAAAAGGCAUUUUGUGUUGGUGUUCGUGGUGUUCCUCGCUUGUUUCGGCCUCACAGUCUUCAUUGGAAUUGCAGGUCCCAAGAUUCUUGCUGAGCAGGUGCAGUUCGUUGCCAAGAACGUCUCAGUUAAGACUGGGCCUUUCAACUUACAUUCCCCGCCUCUAACCACGUAUCAUCAGCAGCUGUGGCUCACUUGUGUGAUGCAGGCUGAACACAUUAAUGUGGGCGACUUCCAGCAGCCUUUUGAGAUCAACGUGGAGCUGAAGGGGGUGGUGCAGGACGCCAGCGUCAUGCGCAUCAACAACAUGCACAGCAAAUCAAGAACGCUACACUGCGGCGAGAAGUGUGACGAGAUCAUCGUGCUGCAUCUGGGCUUCCUGAACUACAACCAGUACAAGGUCAAGGUCGGCUUCAAGGGCCUUGAAAACAUCACUUACAAUCUUAAGGUCAACUUUGUGUGGAAAACCUACAAUCCCACCUUUUCCCAAGUGGAGAUCUGGUUCCGCUUUGUCUUCGUGGUGUUGACAUUUGUGGUUACGUGUCUUUUUGCGCACUCAUUGAGAAAGUUUUCCAUGAGGGAUUGGGGCAUUGAGCAGAAGUGGAUGGCCAUCCUACUGCCUCUGCUGCUGCUGUACAACGAUCCAUUUUUUCCAUUAUCCUUCCUGGUGAACAGCUGGUUUCCUGGGAUGCUGGAUGACUUCUUUCAGGCUCUCUUCCUAUGCGCCCUGCUGCUCUUCUGGCUCUGCGUCUACCACGGCAUCCGCGUUCAGGGCGAGAGGAGAUGCCUCACGUUCUACCUGCUGAAGCUGGUCAUCGUGGGCCUUUUGUGGCUCUCAGCCGUCAUAUUGGGCAUAUGGCAGACGGUCAAUGAACUCCAAGACCCCACCUACCAGUAUAAAGUGGACAUACACAACUUUCAGAGCAUGAAGGUGUUCUUCCUGAUCGUGGUCGUCCUGUACGUCCUCUACUUGGUCUUCCUCAUUGUCAGAGCUUGUUCGGAACUCAAGAACAUGCCCUACUCAGAUCUGCGGCUCAAGUUUUUGACCGCGCUGACAUCAGUGGUGCUCGCCAUCAGCUUGGUCAUUCUCUACUUGAGGUUUGGUGCCAAGGCGCUCCAGGACAACUUUGUGGCUGAGUUGUCCACCAACUAUCAAAACUCAGCCGAGUUUUUGUCCUUUUACGGCCUCCUCAACUUUUACUUGUACACUUUAGCGUUCGUCUACUCUCCCUCCAACAAUGCCCUUUAUGACUCCCAGUUGAAGGAUAAUCCCGCUUUCUCCAUGCUGAACGACUCGGACGAUGACGUAAUAUAUGGGAGCGAUUAUGAGGAAAUGGCUUUACAAAAUGGACGUGCAAUUAAAGCAACCACCAACUUCCACGACGAGAGCGACAGUGACUGAUUGGACUUGGCUGGAAAACGCACCGAAGAAUUUGUCGUUUGUGUAAAUAAGACGUAUUUUCCAAAUUAUACACUGCAAGUGUAUAUGAAUUUAUUUUUUAAAAAAAGGACCACUUCUCCAGAAUGUACUGUCAUUUCACUGGAAACGGUGGCGUGCCACCACUCAAAACGUACUUUUCUUUCCAUGCACAACCAGCAUUUCUUCAUCGCCAUGGAGUAAUAGCGCCGCACUCGAAAGGGAAAAUUAAAUUAUUGUUCAAAACCAAUUUUUCAUGGAAGACAGGUUUAAUAUUUUAUUUCACUUCAACCACGUAAACAUUUUUUGUAAUCUUACAGCUAUAUUCUUGCAAAAUGUAUCACACUUUUGACAGAAUAUCACAUUAUUAUUAUAUUACAAUUUUAUUGCUGUUUGUAAAUUGUAGUAUUCAGAAUAUGAAUUGUAUUCUCAAAAAAUUAGCAUUAUUAUUAUUUAUUUUAUUUAAUACACUCCUCAUCAAGAUUUGAAGACCAGUUGAAAAAUUGGAAGAAUUUACAUUUUGCACUAAGUAGAGCUUCAAAAUGCAAAAUCAGGAGUGUUCUGUUUGUUUCUCUCUGUGGCCCCAAUUCUCCUCUGAAACACUCAAAAAACCUUCAAAGGAAGGGGAAAAUUGCUAAUAUUAACCUGGGAAUUGCUUUUCCCUUCAUGUACUUGUACAGCCAAUCUGUAGUUAUGCCUUUCUGUUAAACUACUGAUAUCUCCGUACUGUCGGUCAUUCCAAGCUGCUGCCAAGUUUGACCAAAGCACUUUGAUGGUUGGGAUUAAAAAGCAGCGGCCACAUCUGAACUGUAAAUCAUGUCAAGUGCCAAAGCUCCAUUUAUAAGCCACAUUUGCGCUUGAUGUUUUUUUAAAAAUGACAAUGUGGUGGCAGAAUCGGAUGUGUCUUUCUGUGAACACAUUUUUUGUAAUUGCACUUGUGGAGGCUUUAUUAUUUAUUUGUUAGAAAACAUUUCAUACUGUACAGGAUUUGUAUCUACUACUGAAGUAUCAUGUUGAACAUAAUUAUGGUUAAACCACUGGCCAGACAUCUUUGCCUUUCUAUUCAAUAUAAACAUAUUCCUCUCCUUGCACCAACAUGCCAAACAUUUACCACCCUUUGUUUUGUCAGACGUUUACGAAGGCACAUCAACGUGGUGCCUUCCCUUGACAUACUCAAACUUCCUUUUUAGGAGUCAAUUUAUUGAACAUGUACAGGUAUUUCAGUGUGAGUGUAGCCUUGGGUGGUUUCAUGAGCUUGUGGGUCCUGGUGUGUUUCAAAUAAAUUGGAUAAAACCUGCA